UUGUGGAUUAAAAAAUAUUAUCUCCGUCAAUUCUCUCCAGUUUUAGUCCUUUAUUUAAGCUUGCUUCACAUUGCCUACUUUAGGUUUAGUCCUUCUGUACUCCAGUCGAAUCUCGAUAAAGCGUCUCGCCCAGAACCAAAAUCUGGGGACAUGAUAAGAAGAUUUGGUUACGCACUUAUUUUAGUCGGCAAUUUUCAUUCUUCUUCAAUUCUUCUACUUUCUCGUAACUGCAAUAAUAAAUCUAUUAUUGAUAAAACAACAACAAAUAAUAGUUUAACAACAAAACUUGGUUCGUCAUCAUCUUCAAAUUGUGUUGAUGUUAUUGUUGAUGUUGAUGAUGAUAGUCAUUUAUACAAUAAAUCAAAAAUUAAUGAUAAUUUGGAUGAUUAUAUACAAAUUGAAAAUGAUGGAGAUUUUAUAAAAAAUAAGUGUAAACAAGGGAAAGAACAAAAUGGAUUUGUUGGUGUUGCUGAUGGUGGUAGUGGAGAAGAAGAAAUGAAAAUGGAUGUUUCAAGUGUGGUACAAUCAUCACAUACUGCUACUACUACUACAACAUCAGCGCCAACUUUGUUUUCGACAAAAAUUAUUCAAAAUAUUCCAGGUUUUACAAAAUUUAUUAUUUUUUAA